UUAAUCAGUUAUAAAUUGGAAGGAAGUAAAAAACCCUAUAAAAGAACCACAGUUGGUUGUCUGAAACACUCAUUUGUGGAGCAGUACCUUAAACAGAGCAACAUGGCUUUACGAAGUGUGAGCUUUUUAGGGUUAAUAUGGAUCUCAAGUCUGAUUGGAGUUGUCUUUUCACUACCAGUAAAGGGUUUUGGUUCAAAUAAUCCUUCCCCAGCAUGGAGUGACUUCAGCAGUCCUGGUUCUGCUUAUCAUGUUGGUCAAGACAUCUUGGGGUACAUUUUUGGCAGAGUACUAAAAGAGUACUACAGACAAGAGCCUUCAGCUUGGUCCCCGCAGAACAGUGACGCUGAGGCUGAUGGAGGGGUCCACUCAAACUACGACUGGGAUAUGGAUGCUGGAGACUCUGGCGAGGACGGUGGUAUGUACCCUGAUAGUUAUGUUUACCACCAUGUUCAUGAAGGCCACGCUGAGCUAGUCCCCGCCAUGGAGGAGUUAUCCUCCGCCAUGGAGAAGUUAUUCUCCGCCAUGGAAAAGGUAGUCUCCAUCAUGGAGGAGCUCUGCUAUGGAGGAGAAUCCGGCGGUGGUGAACCCGGCGGUGGUGAACCCGGCGGUGGCGAACCCGGCGGUGGCGAACCCGGCGGUGGCGAACCCGGCGGAGGCGAACCCGGCGGUGGCGAACCCGGCGGUGGCGAACCCGGCGGUGGCGAACCCGGCGGUGGCGAACCCGGCGGAGGAGGGCCUCAUUACAGAGAAAAUCCUAACUUCUCAUCCUGGCUUAAGCUAGGGAUUCGGAUAGGGAAACUCCUAAUUUGCUAUUACAGAGGCGGUCCCUAACCUGUUGGCCGUUUCCUAGCUUAUUAUUAGCCUCCUAUCUUAUCUUAAUUUAGGUAAUCCAAACUGUUCUUUCAAUCUGAUUUUUCGAUCGGCAAUCGUCAGGUUAUGUUUGUUUCUGCACUGUGCAUGAGAAUGAUGGAACAAGUUACUUUUAAUGUCAACUGACUGUUGAGGAUCUUUGUUAAUAACGGCAAGCUAGUAUAACUAUUACUACGGUCAUGGCAGGUAUUGGUACAGGGAACAAGAAGAGGUAGAAAAGUAAUUCUUCCACAAAAUUCAAAAUUAAAUGUCUUUGCAGGCGAUGAAAUUUAAAUAUGGUCAGGAAAAUUUAACAAAUCAUUAUGCGGUCUCGGUAGCCUUUCAGCCAUCACAUUUCUGUCGUGAUGUUCCUCGUCUUCAUUGUCAUACAGACCUACUAGCAGUGCUGCUAGUAGUGUACGGCCACCUAACUUAGGGAUCCUAACUUAAAUUCCUAACUUAGGAUAGUUCUGUAAUGGCUAAAUUCCUAUCUUAAGAUAAGAUAGGAUUUCUUCCUAAGUUACUGAUCAACUGCAAUGUCUUUCAUUUCUAAUGGCUGUAAAUGAAUAAAUCAUUGCUUUUAAAAUCAGUUUCCUUUUGCUUUAAAAGUUGGUAAAGAUGUGCCAAUCUUUGGUGUCUGAACAAACUACUUUAUCCUGGAUCCAUGGAUUGGUUAUUGCAAGUGUCUGCCAAAAUAUAAGAGCCUCAGGAUUCACUAAAUGUUUUUAAAGGAAAUAUAUAGAGAAUGAAUGGAGUUGUCGGAAAGCCAAUUACCUAAAAUAUACAAGGCCAGUCAGACAAAAACGUUAGUUUUGUUUUAGACUACAGUUGGCAGUCAGUGCACAAAAGGACAUAUCUUUGCAAUUCAUACUUGUCUGUUGACUCUAUGGGAUAUCACUUCAAAAUGGCCUUUUGAUUUGACAGUGGGUGCCAUAGAUCCGGGAUAUUGAAAAUACCAAUUGAGAGACUUGACACAGGAACAAAGGAAAUGUUUAAAUGACAUCAAACAAAGGACACUAAAGGUGGACGAUUGUCUCCCAGCAGAAAAAGCUCAUGGCUAUGCCCCUCAAUGUAAGCAGUUUACCCAGUAGGCAUCCUUGAGAUAGGUGCCUUACCCCUGCCUGUUCAUAAAUAACACGUCUCAAAUGUUAUUGUACACAUUAGCUGUGUUCGAAAUCGUUCCCUAUUGGGGAUAUAGUGCACUAUAUAGGGUGCUCGCCAUUUUGUAGUGGUGUUCGAAUUCUCAGUGGUUAAUUUCAUGCACUAUAUAGUGCACUUAAAAUACCCGAAAUUUGAGUGUACAUACAAUGAAUGUACCCUACAUGUCACUCCCGUAUACCACAAUGCAUUGCGGUCGUGUUUCUCCGGAAGAGAAGUCUCCGGCUUUUGUUUAGAAAUGUCAACAAUUUAUUUCGGAUUUAACCUUUAACCUUGAUCAAGGAAAUGUAACAUUCAACAUCAAUACAAUCUCCACCUUUACUUGCGAGUGUCCGGUUUGUUUACAUGAUGUGGGCGCAUCUGUCUGCGUCACACAAAUACCCACCGCAUUUACUGACACAAAUGACGUUUAGAAAUGUUCAGCGUAGUGUCCGAAUUCUCGUUUGUUCGUUCCCUAUAUAGUGCACUAUAUCAAGAACACUAUAUAGGGAAUGGUGAGUUAGUUAAUAGGGAACGAUUUCAAACACAGCUAAUGAAUCAAAGACUGCUUUAUGUGCUAACAGUGAUGGCUCAGUCAAUGUGGCUGCUGAUGAAGGUCAACAGGUGUGGUUGAUCAGUAAUCAAUUGAACUGGAGUGAACCACCAUUUAAAAGAACCACAGUUGUCAGCAAUACUCAAUUGUGGAGCAGCAUCUUAAA